CCCAGUUCUGUCACAAUCAUAUAAGCCGUGCUCUAUGGUCACAAUCACAGACUACAUACUAUUGGUCACAAUCAUGUCUUGUUUCUAUGGUCACAAUUCUAUGUUUUGGAGAGAUUCUGGAUUUAAUAUAUUUAAGUGAUUGAUUUGCUGUUGUGCAAAAAUGUUUUCGGGCGGCGACUCCACUGGGUCCCCAAAGUGCACCCAAUGGGCGAUGAAUCCAGCAGCAUAUCAGAACACCGCCAACGACGAGGUGGAUUGGGCAGCUCUGGCCCAGCAAUGGAUUAUUAUGAAAGAGGCAGGCCCACCUCCCAUUCCGGGGGGCCCCGAGGUAAAUCUGCGAAAAGCCCCUCCGCGGCUUUUGUUGACGCACUUGAAUUCCGCCAAGCUUGAUAAGGGCAAGACGCGUUCGGGGGGGCCUCUGCCGCCUGAAGGAGGAGAGGCUGAAAUGGAGAUGGACAAUGAACGGGAAGAGCCUCCCGCUUGGAACCCUGCAGGGUCGGACAAUCCGCCUCCGGCUCCUGGUUCGGAUUCUUGGGCCACAUGGAAUCAACCUCCGAGCCAGGGCUGGAACUGGACUAGCAGCUGGAGCUCGCCCACUGCGGUUCCGCCACCCAUUGUGGUAAAGACGCCUCUGCUGCCUACUCCCAACCGAAUGUUUCCGACAUCUGAUGCCGGCAGCGACAAUGCGGUUCCCUAUGGGGGCUACAACAGUAACUCGCAGUCAUCCAAUAACGACUUCAGCCAUCCGCCAGCCUUCUGGACCAACAUGGCAGUUAGCAAGAUCACCCAAACCGAAAUUAAGCCGCAUAACAAGAGGUACAGCAAGGUGAAUGUGCCGACAAAAGUGACCAUAAUAACGCCCGCGGGUGCGGUGGAGCCCCAUUUGCCUCCUCCCGCGGUUGUUGCUGAGGAGCCUGUAGUUCCCGCACCUUCUGUUCCUGUUCUGGACGCCAACAGGAGGAAACAGUUGCCAGCCUGGAUUAGAGAAGGACUGGAAAAGAUGGAAAGGGACAAGCUGAAGCAAAUGGAAAAGGAAAAAGAGAAGCUCGCCAGAGACGAUUAUACGGAAAAGGUGAAGCUCGAAGAAAAGGAAGCAAUGGAAAUUUUGAAGAGCACAAUCCAAGAAAAAAACCUGCUUAAAAAAAGCCGCUUUGAAAGUGACCACGAACAAUCAGACGACGAGCCUCCAAAGCGGACCGUCCGAAAGGUGUCACCCCCGCCCCCAGUUCCCCUCUCCCAAGACGAACUGAUGAUGAAAGUGCGCAAAACAAUGACGGAAAUCCUGCUGAAAGUGACCAACCAACUGAUCGAGCAGGCCUGCAAAGAGGAACGGCAACGGUAUAUUAAAAAACGCAGAGCUUCCGAUGAGCUAGCAUCAGCACCGAGUGGUGCCGCCAUUAAAGCCAAACUCGGUCUGGGAGUCUAUGCGGAUGACUCAACAAGCAGUGAGGACUCUGGGAGCGAAGACCGGCGCGAUGAGAGCUCUGAUUCGGAAAGCGAACUCAAAGAAUCGAUUAAAAAGCGGCAGGCGGCCUUUUCGAAAACUGAGCAGGAGAUCAAAGAGCGACUGGCCGAUGUGGAGCGCAAAAAAGAGUCUAAACCCAAAAGUCCGAGCCACAGCAGUAGAUCAUCGAGCGCGGACGCACGCGAAAUAGAUUCACAGGUAGAGCCAAACACGCAAGGCAAUGCCAAGGAGGAGGAGAUUCCCUCGAGUAACAAGGCGAAGCCAAAGCGCCGCUCCUCUUCCAGCUCUAGAGCCUCUUCCCGAUCCAGGAGCCCUGCGAGAGGUCGCAAGACCUCUCGUUACUCGCCGAAGAAGCGCUCCAGGUCGCUAAGUACCGUUAAAAGCUCGCGCAGGGGCAGGUCGAAAGAAAGUUACCGAAGAGACAGCAUUGACUCAAAGAAGCGUGGCAGACGUUCCAGAUCAGGCUCCCGCUACUCAAAGCGCUCUAAAAGGAGUCGUUCGCGCUCAAGGUCGUACUCAAAAAUGGGGCGGCGAUUACGCCGCACCAAAUCACGUAGCAGAUCGCGCGAUCGACCACAUCGCUCGCAUAAAUCAACCUUAUCAAGAUCGCACGACGCCAGGAAACGCUCCAGACGGUCCAGAUCGCGCUCAUGCAAAAAGUCGCCGUCGCGCUCCAAGCGACGCUCUUCCAGAUCAUCCAGUCGCGGACGCCGCUCGCAUCGACGCUGAAUACCCGAAGUAUCCAAGAUUAUAGGUUGGGUUGUUUCCAGAGUCGGCACUGCAGAGGAUUGCUUUUUUAAAAUUGAGUUGUGCCUUUUUUUUUCAGCCGCGAAAGUUAUCCGAUUUUUUUUAUCAUUUAUCAAAUUGAAACUACAUAAACGUUUUCUUUGCUUAA